ACAUUUUAUUCCUCGCUCUGCGCCGUCGCCCAGGGGGAGUCUGAGCGCUGAAUAUCUAAACUGGACCUGGUCGAGGCUUGCCACCGCCCAUCCGUCACCCCAUCAUCGUGGGCUGAGCGCCUGUCUUCUCGAACCCUUGAACAUCAGACGCCUGCGCGACUUUCCAGGUCCUCACACGCCCUCCGGCAGACCAAAAAACCCCUCCAGACCAUAUCGUCCUCUCCCGACAAGCAGUGUAGUCCUCCGUGAACAUGGCGGGGCUUUUCAGGCGAGUAUACGACUGGCUGUUGCGGACGUUUUGGGCGACGGAGAUGGACGUGACCAUGAUUGGCCUGCAAAACGCUGGGAAAACGUCACUCCUCCGCGUGCUUUCGGGCGGAGAGUUUGCCAUCGACUCCAUACCCACGGUCGGCUUCAACAUGAAGCGGGUGCAACGGGGGCAUGUGACACUCAAGUGCUGGGAUUUGGGUGGCCAACCCCGCUUCCGACCAAUGUGGGAGAGGUACUGCCGCAACGUUAACGCCAUCGUCUUCAUCGUCGAUAUUGCCGACCUCAAUCAGCUUCCCAUGGCCCGCGAAGAGUUGCACUUGCUAAUGAGCCAACCAACCCUCGAGGGCAUCCCGCUGCUCGUGCUCGGUAACAAGUCGGACCUGCCCAACAAGCUCACCGUGGACGAGCUUAUCGACGCCAUGGACCUCAAGAACAUCGCGCAUCGCGAGGUGUCGUGCUAUGGCAUCUCGGCCAAGGAAGAGACCAAUCUCGAGGCCGUCCUCCAGUGGCUGAUGAAGUUCGCCAAUAGGUGAAAGGUGUCCGGCCAUGAGUUUUGCGUCUUGUUUAGAAUACCCAGCUGUCGGCGGGGAAACUCGGGUUCGCAUUUGGCGG